AUGAAUUCUAUUCUUUCCGAUGAUGUCGAAACUUCUCUCGUCGUGAACGCGAGCAACAACAACAAGCACAACAACAGAGGAGAAGAAGAAGAAACCAUAACGAUGAUGGAUAACAACAACAAUCUCAGCGUCAACGAAAUGCCGAUGUCGCCGCAACCGUCGAAGGAAAAAGACCCGAUAAAACUUUGGGGGGUGAAACUUUUGUUUUCCGAGAGGAGCAUCUUUUGGCUCUUAGCCUCGGGGGCCUUGUUCGCCUACCUUGGAUUUACGACGGUGCAAGAGUACGUGUUUCGAAAUCACGCGAAAGAGGCUAUUGGGUUUCGCUUCGGCGGCGUCGUGACGCUGGUGACGAGUUUUACGUACGCUUUGUUGGGGUUUUUGGAACGGUUGGCGAACGACGAGUUUAGAGAGAGCGGUAGCGGGAGUAGCGGGAGUAGUAGUAGUACUAGUGGGGGGGGUAAUCAUAGCAGAGGAUUUAACGCGCUGAUAGAUGAUGAAGAACAGCAAAAACACAACAACAAGAACGCUUUUAGAGGGAAGAAUACGACGACGACGACGAGUUUUAAAAGGAGCUUUAAUAUUUUUAGAAGACGGGCGAAGCUUAAGGAUUACGUGCUUUUAGCGACCAUGACGAGCGGAGGGAUGUAUUUGACCAACUUUAGUUUAUCGUAUAUUAAUUACACGACGAGGAUUGUCGCCAAAUGUUCGAAAGUGAUACCGACGAUGGUCAUGGGGGCGUUGAUGCAAGGAAGGCGGUACGAGAAGAAAGAUUAUUUCGCGGCGAUGACUUUGGUGUGCGGAGUGUGUUUGUUCGCGCUGGGAGACAGAGCGAGUUUGCCGCAGUUCCAACCCAAAGGGGUGGUGAUGAUAGUGUGCGCGUUAUUUAUUGAAGCCGCGGCGGGGAAUUUCGAAGAGAAGAGGUUGUUCAACGUCAGUUUGCCGGCGUCGCACGCGGAAGUCGUCAUGCACGCGAAUAUUUUCGGACUUUUAAUGACUACGUUUGGAAUGACUUUAAACGGCGAGAUUUGGCCGAUAGUCGCCUACAUGAACUCCCACCGAGAGUGCGUGUUCCGAGCGAUGAUCGCGGCCUCUUUCGGAUACAUGAGCGUCUCCUUCAUCUUGCUUUCCAUUCGACAGUACGGCGCGACGAAUACAGAGAUUAUUAAAGCUUUGAGAAAAAUGCUCUCCAUCGCGCUGUCGUUACUCUUGUAUCCGAAACCGAUGGGUUGGAGAUACGUCACCGGUACGUGCGUGACCGCGUUCGGUAUCCUGACCUUAUACGCGAUCAAGAAGCGAAGGUACGUGAAAGCAGCUGGUAACGCCGAGGCUUUUAAAUAA